AUGGAGAUCACACCAGCUGAGAAUGGUGAAAAAGGUCUUCAUCCAUUGGAACAGGGAGGCUGCUGGACGGCCAUAAGCCUCCGUUGGAUCUCGCCCUUGGCCAGUAAAGCGGCCCACGGCCACUUGGAGGCGCGUGACGUGUGGGCCCCGCCGCAGAGGCACUCGGUGGAAGAGGCGCAGCGGUGCUUUGCCGCAGCCUGGGACAGCGAGAGGAGGCGCCGAAGGCGACCCUCACUGGCUCGCGCGAUGCUGGCGGCCUUUCGGGGCCGCUUCCUGUGGACGGCCGCAGUGCUGAUGAUCUUCAUGGGCACGCAACUUUGCCAACCCUUCCUGGUCCGUGAGCUGGUGACAUUUCUUCAAGGAGAAGGUGGAGUUUACGAGGGCUGGAUCUUGGCUUCACUGCUUUUGCUGUGUUCCCUCUCAUCUUCGAUCCUCAUUUGCGAGUACUUCCGGGCAGCCUCCAUGCUUGGGGUGAUGACCAGGACCAGUGCGAUGACGGCAGUCUAUGACCAGGCGAUCCAAUUAAAAGCUACACAGCGCGCAGAGACCUCCACUGGGCAGACUACAAACUUGAUGUCGGUUGAUGCAGAGAGGUUCUUGCUGGCAUGUCAAUCCUGCAACUUCCUUUGGAUGAGUCCAUUGAUGGUCUUGACCUGCGGGGCCAUCAUGACCGUCACUGUCGGUCCUUCAGCCUUGGUGGGGGUGGCCGUUUUGGUGGGCAGCAUCCCUUUGCAGCAGUGCUUCGCUCGACGGGGCGGGCGCAUCAGAGCGAAGUCCAUGGUGCUCAAGGACGAGAGGAUGAAGUUCGUGACGGAGGUGGUGCAGGGCAUUCGCAUUGCCAAGCUCUAUGCCUGGGAAGAGGCGAUCUUCCGCAGAGUGGCUUUGACCCGACGACAGGAGUGCCGGACCUUGGGCACAUCCCUCUUCUUGAAGAUGCUGGUGCGGGAAGGCAUCCUGGUGCUGGCUCCAGCACUAGCCAUGUGGCUGAUCUUUUGGAUCCGGAGAAGUGAGGGUGGCGCCCUGGGUCUGGAGCAAGCAGUUUUGGUGCUGGGACUCUUGAAUACCCUGCGCUUUCCGUUGAACCUCUUGGCGCUGGCCAUGCAGUCGGUGAACGAUUGCCUUGUCUCCACUCAGCGUCUUGGGCACUACUUGCUGCGUGAAACGGCACGACCACGUUCACCCGAGCCAGCGGAGACGGCGACAGAGGUCCUGGUCGAGGAGGUCAUUUGUGGGUGGACCGCUACAUCUCAUCCCGAUGCCUUCCAGCUGCUGCUGCCGCGCUGGGCCGUGCCGCAGGGCGCGCGCGUGGCGAUCCUGGGUGCCGUGGGCAGCGGCAAGAGCUCGCUACUGGCGAUGCUGCUGGGAGAGAUGGCGAUGCAAAAGGGCUCGGUGGCCUUGAAGGGCCGGGUGGCCUUCAUGGCUCAAAGUCCUUGGAUCCAGAACGCCAGCGUUCGCGAGAACAUUUUGUUUGGUCAUCCCUUCAAGGAGGAGAUCUAUCAGCAAGUGCUCGAUGCUGUGGUCCUCCGUCCAGACCUGGACACCUGGUGCGACGAGGACUUGACCGACAUCGGCGAGCGCGGCAUCAACCUCUCAGGUGGUCAGAAAGCUCGUGUGGGCCUGGCACGGUGCCUCUAUGCGGCGGCGACGGACCAUGUGGAUACUUUGCUUUUGGACUCUCCCUUUGCCGCGCUUGAUGUGAUCACUGCACAAGCAGUCAUGGAAGGCCUUCUUCAACUCACAUCCUCCUGCACAGUGCUUUGCACCAUGUCCUCGCACACGCACCUGUUGCCACACUUCUCGGACGUCCUGAUCAUGGAGGGCGGGCGGAUGCAAGCCUCAGGGACGCUGGCAGAUGUGAAGCAACACUUGAGUCAUUUGACCUAUGACACUGAACCACCGGAGCCCAAGAAAGCUGAAAGCUCCAAGCCGAAGGAAGAUCCUAAGCCGGCAGGUGCCUCCGCCAAGAAGAUCAUGCGCUCGGACCAGACCCGCCACACCCGUCCCUUCAGCGCGUUGGGGAAGUUCUUGGGCGGAUCCACGUCUCCCAGGUGGGGAUAUUUGCUGGCCUUCCCUGUCUUGAUGAUUUUCCUUGCAGGACAGAUCUGCCGGGCGGUGGUGGACAUGACGCUCACACAGUGGGCAGCCGAUCUCAUUGACUUCACGAGCCCUUUCAUCUUCAUGGUGGCGCUUUGUCUCUUGCUCUUCUUGCGGAUCGUCUCAUGUUCCUUCCUCACGCAACGCGCCACUCGCUUGUUGCACAACUCCAUGUUCUGGCGCAUGCUGCGCGCCCCGGUGGUGAGCUUCUUUGACGUGACCACCAUCGGGGAGAUUUGCAACAAGUUCUCCAAGGACUUGGAUUUUGCGGAUAGUCAACUACCGGAGUUCUUGACCAACCUAUUAAGCAACAGCGCUCAGCUGGCUGUGAUCUUUGUCCUGGCCAUCGUCGCUCUGCCGGGUUUCGCGGGAAUUCUGCUGCUCAUGGCAUUUGCCUUGCUUCGUGUGACGAGGAGAUCCUCGAGCUUACUCCGCGCGCUGAAAGGCAUGGAAGGCGCCACGCGAUCUCCCAUCUACAGUUCCUUCUCAGAAACCUUGGCCGGGCUACAAACCAUCCGAGCUUGGGGCUUGCAGGAGCGGUUUCGGCAUGAACAUUUGCAACGGGUGAAGGAGAAUGGACGGUUCUUCUUCACGGCAGAGAUGUCCAGCGUAUGGAUCAUGUUGCGCUUGGAGCUGUUCACCGUGGUCUUGAUUGGCAGCUUUAGCUUCAUGGCUGUGCUGUUCCAUGGCUUGCAGCUCCAUGUCGAUGGCCCUCAGAUCGGUAUCGCCCUGGUCUACGCCAUCCAGAUGACCGCAUUAUUUCAACGCAACGCCCAGCUGGUGAUGUUGGUGGGACAGAUGUUGACCGCCUGCGAGCGAGUCUUGUCCUUCGAAGAGGUGGAACAAGAGCCUGCCCUGGUGGCGCCAAGCGACCAAGACUUGAUGAAUUGGCCUGAAGGAUCCAUUGAGUUUGAAGAAGUUUCCAUGAAGUAUCGUGACGGUGACCUUGUCCUCAAGAAGGCCUCCUUCACAGUGGACGCAGGGACUCGAGUCGGGGUCUGUGGCCGCAGCGGCGCUGGGAAGAGUAGCCUGGUGGCGGUGCUCUUUCGCGUCGUCGACCCCUGCCACGGUGCGGUGCGCGUCGACGGCGUGGACAUCGCCACGCUGGGGCUCCACACCUUGCGCCGCAACUUGUCGCUCAUCCCCCAGGAUCCAGUCAUCUUCAGCGGCUCCUUGCGCUUCAAUUUGGACCCCUUCCAGCAGAUCUCGGAAGAUGAAGAGCUGCUGCAGGCACUCAAGAAGGUUGGCUUGGUGGGCCUUGACCUUGAGAUGCGCAUCGCCGAGCAGGGCGAGAAUCUCUCGCAGGGCCAGCGCCAGCUGUUGUGCAUUGCACGUGUCUUUGCUGCGCCCACACGUAUCCUGGUGCUGGACGAAGCUACAUCAGCGAUGGAUGAACAGACGGAUGAGUUCAUCAAGGAGUUGCUGCGCACCACUUGGUCCGAAGGUCACCACACCGUCCUCACCAUCGCACAUCGCCUGGGCACCAUCAUUGACUAUGACAAGAUACUCGUGCUUGCCUCGGGCGAAGUGGCAGAGUUCGACACUCCCCAAGAGCUGCGAAGACGGCCCAAGGGGCACUUUGCGCAGAUGUGGAGAGAAGUCAUGAGAGAGAAGUUCGAGACUAAAGCAUCCUUGUAG